AUGGGACAGAUAACACAACAGUUAGCUUCAAACUCUCAAGCCCCGGGUACCCUACCUAGUGGUACGUUGACAAAUCCGCGGAAACAUAACACUGUUAAUGUUGUCACAACCCGAAGUGGAAAGUCAAUAGAGGAAAAUGAUAUAGAAAAAGAUGGAUUGAUAGAGGUGGAUUUAGAAAUCAAGGAAACAAAAAACCAAUAUGAAGAAGUAAUACCACCUCCUGUCAAGGAGAAAGAGAUUGUUCCUAAACCAGUAAUCACACUCCCUUACCCUCCAAGACAGAAAAAGAAAUAUCAACAUGAAAAGAAUUUUGAGAAGUUCUUGGAAAUGUUCAAAAAACUCGAAAUCAAUAUCCUUUUUUCUGAAGCAUUAGAACAAAUGCCAAUAUAUGCCAAGUUCAUGAAAGACAUAUUUUCCAAGAAACGUUCCACUGAUAUGGAACCGAUCAUCCUAACUGAAACAUGCAGUGCCAUUCUCCAAGGAGCGAGUGUAAGCUUGAUGCCAUUGUCCAUCUAUAAGAAAUUAGGCAUCGACUCUAUUCAAGAUACUCUAAUGACACUUCAGUUUGUGGAUCGCUCUGUGAGGCGAUCCUAUGGUAUUGUGGAAGAUGUUCUUGUAAAAAUUGACAAGUCUGUCUUCCUAGUUGACUUCGUCAUUCUGGAAAUGCCGGAAGAUGAGGAGAUUCCUCUCAUAUUGGGCAUACCUUUCUUGGAAACAGGACGGUGUAUCAUAGACAUUAAGGAAGGAACUAUGACCCUCAAGGUCAUGAAAAGUUAA